AUGUAUUCCCCCACACUCUCUUGGAGCCACGCGGCUUUACUUUUCUUGUCACUCUCUUCUCUUCAAUUCGGUACUGCCUCGCCCAUUGACGGCCAGCUCGUCGAACGCUCGGGUGUAGCCUCUCCGGGUAUAGGCGUUGAGUUCGAGUCCGGGAGUAUCUACUUUACCAAAGAUGUUCACAAAUUGUCUGAGAAAGAGAAAGAGGCCGUGAAGGAAGCCGGUAUCGAUGCCAAAGGCAAAGCUGUUACAUUCAAAUCAGCCAAGGAUGGAAACGGUGCCAAGCUGUCGGAGUAUAUUUUGGACGGAAGGAAGAUUAAAUUGGGAACUGGGAGAGCUGCACUUGCAGCCGAGGAGGUCUAUGAAGAUCUGAAAAAAUGGAACCCGAAGACCGGCCAGGAGGUUGAAAUCGCCAGCAAUAAGAAGAACCCUUGGUCUGUCAAGGCGGGCACGAAUCCUGUGAACUCCGCCUGGUCUCGUCAGAUCACCUCCCCGAUGCCACUUGGGGCCAUUAACGAACUGAUAAAGCAAGCUAAACUUAACAAGCCGUCGCCUCUCAUGACAUACGCCAAUAGCAAGAUCCAAAACAAGGUCUGGGUGAACGAUUUCUUCUUCGAGGAGAAACCUGGUGGUCUUACGAAGGAUGUUGGCGAAGAUGUUCGCGGAUUCCUGUCGCUUCUUCUUUCUUAUGCCAAGGCGGGCAGUCAGGUCCGGAACAGUGAGAGUGCUAAGGAACUAACGUCGAUCAUGCCGCGAACCAGUUUUUCCAAGAUGUACAAACUCAUUGAGAGCAAGCUUGAGAAGAAGGAUCUGUGGACUAUUGUGAACAAGAUUGCUUGUUAUGAGAACCCUAUCGAUGAUGCACAUGAAUAUGCUGCUGUCGACGAGAGGUAUUGUUCAGGGCAUCCCGGACAGACCACCAUCAACGGCAAGUUCGAGAAGCUGCAGAUUAACAUCUGCUACGGCUCACAGUCCUGCCCUGUCAACGUCAAAGCCUGGAUUCAGGGGUUGAAAGAUGGCAAAGAUCUGCUCAAGGAUGCUGAUAAGGAGAUGAUUGAUGGCCAAGUCGGAGGGUAUGGAGACUUGACUGAGCAUCGCCUCGACCAUCCUACCGAGCAACUGCCCCUUUUCGAGUUCCGUGAUCUUCCUUCAUGCUCGGCUUCGGAGUGGAAGAAAUGUUUAGAAAAGGCCGAAGCUGCGAUUGUCAACUAUCACAAUAAAUUCCCAGGAAACUAG